GUAUUUUCUCCCUACCACAGCAUGUUAUGUUAUCCGUUGGUAUCGUGAUCGUAAUGUUGGUAUAACCUGUUAUAGUGUGUUGUGUGGGGAAAAAUAUGCCGAUAAAAUAUGUUGGAAGAACGACUUCUUUUAAAGGGAAAACCUUGUGGGAAAUUGUUGGAAACUUGAAGAAUUUUGGUGUAGGGCGAAUAGUUGUUAGAAGUACUUUUGAACGUUAUCCUGAACCAAGUUACUUGAAAAUAUGUAAAGUUCAAGCACUCGCAAACGAGGAUCCUCGUAAAGUGCGAAUUUUAGCCGAGAAAGUUUUUAGAGGUCGUAAGUAUCCCAAAAUUGUUGAAGUAUGCAGUACAUCAUAUAAGGCAGAUUAUCGACUCCUUCCAAAAGAUGAGGAACAGGCAUAUUGCAAGACAGACUCCCAGGUUGUAUUGGAGAAAGUGAGAAUCCUGCCUCGGACAAUACCGUUUCCACCUCUGUUGAGGGAAAUGAUUCUUGCUGAUCGCCGUGCUAAAGGAGGAGAUGUGACAAAAGAACCAGAAAUGGAAAUGAUUUUUGGCGAGACUCGUGACAGUCUGUCAAGAAAGGCAAGAGAGGAUGAAGAGCCAAAUGUAAUGUUUGAACCAGGAAUAGGAACACCACGAAGCCCAGAGUUGUAUGCAAAUAUCCAGCGGAGUUAACUGUCUGUGUGAGUUCGGAUAAGAAAGUUGGUAUUUUCUGGUACUUGCUGUGGAUUUUAGUGUUCAAAAAAUUGAAAGUUGCACUUUUGGAUCAGUCUUCUUUGUCAAUAAAUCGCUGGUUAACUUCUAGGAUUACGUCUGGUAGAGGUUUAUUUAUUACAUUUCUUUGUAUUAAAUAUUAGUUGAAAUAAUUUAUUCCAAUAACAAAAUCUACUUUUUUUACAAUUUUAGAACUUUAUGAUAGGAAAUUGUGUAACUUAGUUACCAUUUAUCAAGUUUUCUGUCAGUUAAUUCAGCAAUGAUUUGUGAAUCACAUUUUGAAUUAUGAUUUCCUGAACUAUAGUCAGAUAUUUUUACCUGCAUAAAGUGCAUAACUAUUUCAGUGAAUAAGACUUCUAAAUUAUCAGUGUUCUCUGCUUUAAAUUCAAUGGAGUAUAAUAAUAGUGUCUCUGUUAUGAUGUA